AUGACGUGCUUCCGCCACGUGCUGGCUGUACUGGUUCCCAUCGUCGUGCCUGCGGUCGCGCUGAAGACCCAGACGAAGCUGACGGCUUGCACUUGCAGUUGCUGCGAGGCAUCUGUGGCAAAUCCCCACUCCUUCCUCCGCAAUGGGAACACAGCUGUGGUGUGCACGCCACUCUUCACGAUCGCACAAGCCUCAAGCUGUCCUGCGGAGUGCAAUGAUUUGAGAGCGGCCAGCGCAACGGCCUUGGCAAGAGCCGAGCUGGACAUUGAGGCGGCGGAAAGUGCAACAGACUACUCCCGAUUCUGCUUGCAGAAUUGCGUCCACGAUGCCUCGAGCAAGGAAAGUGCCUGCACCCCAGCUGGCGAUGCUCCGACCAGCCAGACUCCUCUCAUUGCGCCUUCCUCUUUCGCAGAGAGCUCCCUCCUCAACGAGCGAGCAGGGCAGAUGGGGAAGCCGGACAAAGACGUCGCCAAGGCGGAGGACAAGAAGACGGACGCCAUGGAAAACGAAGCUGAAGUCGCAAAGGCGGAGGCUGCCCUGGCCGCGGCUAACGCCCGCACCGCGGCGAGUUUGGCCGUGGCCCACAGCCGCGGCGACCUUUUCGAGGAGGUGAAGACCGAACUCCAACACUCCGCUGAGAGGGCCGGCGCCUAUGCUCUCGCUGCACAGCAGGCGGCCAAGAAGGCGGAGGAAGAAGUCAAAGAAAUCGAGGAUGCUCCGGGAGUUGCCGCAAAGGAAGCAGCGGACGCCGCCAUCAAGCAGUUCACCCAGCAGGACGAGCUGAACAAGAAGUUCCUGAGCAACUUCAAGGCUCACGCCUCUCCGCAGCUGCCCACGACGCCCGCCUCGGCGGCUGUAGCUGCCGGGCCGUACCGCGCAGCAAUUCGGCAAGUGGAAAGCACCCAGGGCCUCUACGAGGCGAAGGCCUCGCAGCUCACGUCGGAGGCCGACUUGCUUCGCGCAAGCUCGGACAGCGCACACCACCAGAUCCACGCAUACCAGGAGGCUGGCAACGAAGAUGCGGUCAAGAAGAUUCAAUCCCAGGCACAUGACCUCCUCGUCAAGUCUUUGGAGAAGGAGACCGAGGCGGCCGAGGCCAUGGAUGAAGCAAGGCGCAUCGGGCUCAUGGUGCCCAAGUAUGCAGCCGCAGCCGCAGACGCCGCUGCAAGGGCAUCGAUCCUGGGAUCACAGAAGUGGAUGCCGCCCACGUACCAGACGGCACCGGCCAUCAACGCGAAGCGGCUUCCAUUCCCUGCGGUCCCAUCCGCACCUUCUCCUGCCCCCAUGAUGUUCGCUCCGAUGGCAUCGCCGGCAGCCUCCCCGGCCGCCUCACCGGCCUAA